GUGCAAUCAAAGUAAACAUUAACCUGUUUAACAGUGAUAAAUACUUCAUACGAUAAUAUAUAUCAUGCGAUCAAUUGUUCUGACUGAACUUUGAAUUUUGGAUACACCAACAAGUACAUCAAAUGAUGUUCCAAUUGAUCGAGCACGUGGUGUUCACGCUCGUUUUGGCGGUGCUUAUCAACGUCUAUUACCGGAAGGGGCCCCGCUACUUCCUGAAGAUCAUUGUCCUGGCGGUGAAGGAACUUCCGGGAGUUCAGACCCUGAUUGACCAGGUCCUUAAGAAGGAGGUCACGAGCUUUGUGAAGUCGUCCACAUUGGCCCAGGAUGUAGUUGCUAGCAAGCCGCGUAUUGUUCUUCCUAAAUCAGCGUUCAGCUCGGAUGACCUCCAUGUUCAGAUGGGAAACCUUCUGAAGCGGGAAUGCAACACGCAGGAGGACGGUAACGUGUUCGCUUACACGUACACCAUGAAGGACGAACACUUUAAAUUGCAAGAGGAGGCGUUUGACAUGUUUGAAGAGAAGACAGGUCACUCCGCAGAGCAAGACAAAAUUGUAAAGGAAUUCUUCCACGCCUUCAUGCACGAAAAUGCACUUAACCCAAUGAUCUUCCCUGCUCUAAGACUUAUGGAAACGGAAGUGGUGAGUAUGACCGCCGCCAUGUUGAACGGUGAUCGCGAGGUCGUUGGGUUCCUCACUUCCGGUGGUACAGAGAGCAACCUGAUGGCGGUGAAGACCUUCAGGGACUAUGGUCGAGCGCAGCGCCCCCAUAUCCGGCGACCGAAUAUCGUGACCCCGAUAUCGGUUCAUCCGACCAUAGACAAGGCUGCCCACUACUUUGACAUGGAUGUCAUUCACACUCCCAUGGACAAGGACUUUAGGGCAGAUGUCAAGGCCAUCGAACAGGCUAUAAAUUCGGACACAGUGCUCAUUGUGGCAUCGGCACCACAGUUCUGUCACAGUGUGAUGGACCCAAUUGAAGAAAUAGGGGCACUGGCCCUUCGCAAAGGGAUACCACUUCAUGUCGACGCUUGUUUUGGGGGUUUCAUGUUACCUUGGGUUGAAAAACUGGGCUACAAAAUCCCGAAAUUUGACUUCCGAGUGCCCGGAGUGACCUCUAUGUCGGCGGAUGUCCAUAAAUACGGCUAUAGUGUGAAGGGCGCCAGUGUGAUCCUGUACCGUAAUGCGGACAUACGGAAACACCAGAUAUACGCGUACGCGGAGUGGCCCGGCGGUCUGUACGGGUCUCCCAGCAUGGCGGGAACCAGGCCAGGCGGCAACAUUGCAUCGGCCUGGGCGGCUAUGAAAGCACUAGGUGAAAGCGGGUACAUGGGCAAAGCACGCGAAAUCAUGGACAUCACGGACAAAAUGAAAGCGAGAAUUACUAGUAUCAAGGGCCUGUGUUUGAUGGGAGAACCAUGCAUGUCGGCGUUUGCAAUUGGUUCCAGUGAUUCCAACCUUAACAUUCAGGCUGUGGCCGAUGUCAUGGAAACCAAAGGAUGGAAGAUGGAGCGGUGCCAGACGCCUGACUGCCUGCACUGCUCCAUCCUGCCCCAUCACACCGGCAAGGCAGACAAGUUCCUGGAUGAUCUAGAGGCAGCCACUAAGCAUUGCAUGGAUAACAAAGCCCUCGCGAAGAAGGGCACCGCAGGUGUGUACGGAAUGAUGGCCAACAUUCCUGACAAAGGAAUCGUCACCGACUUCCUGGUCGAGUUCUUCAGUGAAGUGUACACAUGCAAAUAAACAAUCGGAGUAUUUAUAUUUCUAUCACGUGGGAUAUAAGUUCAAUAUAGUGAUCUAUUAUGUGUAUGGGUGGACUCCCAAGUGCGGGAUCAAUAUAGUGAUAUAUUAUGUGUGUGGGUGGAAUCCACAGUGCGGUUUAUACCCGCGCAAUAUGUGUAUGUAUAUCGGUAUUGUUACAUUACAUAUUGUGUUCAUCAUGUGAACAUGCAUUUUUAUGGAUGAUGUUGAUGGAGAAAAUAUACCACGUUUAAUUUUG